CCGCGGGGAGACGGCGGCGUCCCAGAGGACUCGCGACCGAGCCCAGUGGGUCGCUUGCCCGCGGGCCGUGCGCCAUGGAGGCCUUCAUCCGCUUCACCAACCAGACGCAGGGCCGGGACCGGCUCUUCAGAGCCGCUCAGUACACAUGCAUGUUGCUUAGAUAUUUGUUAGAGCCUAAAGCUGGCAAAGAGGAGGUGGUCAUGAAGCUCAAGACCCUGGAGUCUAGUGUGAGCACUGGCCGGAAAUGGCUCAGACUGGGCAACGUGGUGCACGCCUUGCAGGCCGCUCAGCAGAGCAUGCGCGCCUCGGACCUGGUGCCCCGCGUGUGCCUGACGCUCGCCCACCUCAACCGCGUGGUCUACUUCGUCUGCGACACCGUGCUCUGGGGGCGGAGCGUCGGGCUCGCCCCCGGCAUCGACCAGGAGAAGUGGCGCCUGUGGGCGGCGCGGCACUACUGCUGCUCGCUCGUGCUGAGCCUGCUCAGGGACCUGUAUGAGGUCUCCCUGCGGAUGGAGCAGGCGGCGCAGGACCGGGCGGCGGGCGAGAAGUCGGCCUCCCAGGAGCCUCUGGGCUACAGCGUGGCCGACGAGGAGACGGAAUGGCUGCAGUCCUUCCUCCUGCUCUUAUUCCGCUCCCUGCGGAAGCACCCCCCGUUGCUGCUGGACACGGUGAAGAACCUCGGCGACAUCCUGAUCCCCUUGGACCAGCUGGGCAUCUACAAGUCCAACCCCGGCGUCAUUGGGCUGUGCGGGCUGGUGUCCUCCCUGGCGGGCGCCAUCACCGUGGCCUGGCCGCACCUGAGGCUGAAGACCCCCUGAGGCCCGGCA